AUGAACCUGACGGAGUUUAAUCAGUCUGAUCGCUGUGAGCAUUUCUCCUGUCCAGAGAGAUCUGUAUCUCCUGCAGUUUAUAUCUUACUGUACGUGUGUUCAGCUGCUGUGGUUCUGCUAACAGUGUGUGGAAAUCUGCUGGUCAUCAUCUCUGUUCUUCACUUCAAGCAGCUUCACACACCAACCAACACGCUGGUGCUCUCUCUGGCUUUGUCGGAUUUCCUCAUUGGGGCUUUAGUGAUGCCAUCGAUGUUAAUCUGGAUGAUCGAGUCAUGUUGGAUCUUAGGGAUGGAUUUCUGCAUCUGUAUAAUGAUGAUUGGAUAUUUUCUCACAAGCCUCUCCAUAUAUCACAUUGUUCUGAUUGCUGUGGAUCGAUAUUUGGCUCUCUCAAACCCGUUUCUAUACACCAACAAAAUCUCUGUGAGAACAAUGUGUACUAUGGUUUUUUCUAACUGGUUUGCCUGCGUGAUAUAUAAUAUAAUGCUUCAGUAUUUUAAUAGAAACUUCCGGAAUAUUGUGGUCUGCCCUGGAGAGUGUUUUGUCACUUUAAGCGAUGUUUUGUCUGCUAUUGAUCUUGUAAUAACAUUCAUAUUUCCAUGUGCUGUAAUAAUCAUAUUGUACACUCGAAUUUUUAUGAUCGCUAAGAAACAUGCUACUGCUAUCAGAGAGCUUAAUAAUCACACACGGCCUAAAACACAGAAAAUCACCUCACACUCCAUGAAAUCUGAGAGAAAAGCAGCUAAAGUCCUCGGCAUUUUAGUGUCUGUGUUUCUGCUGUGUUUACUUCCAUAUUUUAUUUACAGUUUAUUAGGUGAUCUUAUUGCAUUUCAGUUAGCAUCUUUUCAAAAACUCAUGUUUGUGCUUUAUCUUAAUUCCACAAUUAAUCCAGUUAUUUAUGCUCUGUUCUACCCAUGGUUCAGGAGGUGUGUUAAAUUAAUUUUAAGUCUGCAUAUAUUCAAAACAGACUCUGCUUUAAUAAAAGUUGUGUAA